UGGGGAAAAUACGUUUGAAACGAAACGCGAACCAAACCGCCCAUUUUAUUCCCUUCCGUUUGAAUGUCCAUCCUCCCCCUCUCUUCAGUCUCAGGUGCACUGAACGGGUGACUACCUCAUUCCGGAAAACAACAAACGGAAUUGAAGAUCAAACAGAAUUAAGUUAAAGAUUUUGGCGUUUUGUAUUACUUUACUCGGCCUAACCCAAAUCGCGGGGACGUGUCAGUUCGUGCCUCUGCAAGUAUCAUCUCGGGAUUAUUACCCUCUCACAAGUCACACCCCUCACUCUCAUUCUCGCCCUCGCUUCGCUGCGUCUGCGUCUAGCUUUCUUUGCUUCAAUCAUCUGAUCAUAUUCCAUCGGCUUCUUUCCGCAGGGUAGCGUACUAGAUUUGAUAGGUACCAACAAUUGGAGACUUACACUAGGUGGAGCACAAGCUAUGGAUAAAACUGAUUGGAGAGAUGAAUUGGAGCCUUACUCCCGCAAAAGAUCUGUCAAACGAAUAAUGAAUGCAAUGAGGCAAUAUCACCAUUUGGAUGAUGAUGAACAGCAUGAACUUGAAAAAUUUUCACAACGUCUUGAGCAGAAGACUUUUGCUACUGCAACAAGCCAGUUGGAUUAUUUGCAGCAAAUAACUACAGAGGCAGUUUCAAUGGAGAGGAAAAUGCAAGAAGAAUUAUUCCAAAAGAUACAAAUGUUGAAGGAAAUGCACUUGCCCGAUUUGAAUGACAUGUACCAACGAAUUGCAUAUGGACUUCAGGAGCUCGACUCCCAUCCACAACAAGCAGAGUCAGCAGACAAGCAUGAAAAGCUGAAGAUACUUAAAGCAAUGCUUGAGGAUUUUAUACCGUUCCUACAGAUUUCCAGGAGUAAGAUUUCCCCUGCCUUCAAGGAAAAAUUACUUUUCUAUGAGAAGCAGAUUAUAAAUUUUGUAAAUAAACGUAGACCAUGGAUAUUGUCACUGCCGCUUGGACAGGUUCCGCUGCAUGCUAUGCACUCCUUGCUUCUGCCACCAUCCCGACCUACUCAUGUGCAGUCUCAUGAAAACCAAAUAAACUCUGAAGGGCAAUCCCAAGAAGCAUACCAAAGGAUCCAAAUGCUCAAGGAGAUGUACUUGCCAGAAUUGAAUGAAAUUCACCAGAGAAUGGUUGAUAAAAUUGAGCAGCUCGACUCCGAUCCACAGCAGGUGGGGUCGGUUAUGUGCAGAAUGCUGAAGAUGUUUAAAGCGGAGAUGGAGCGUAGUGUAGCAUUCUUACAGACUUCCAGGAGCAACAUUUCUCCAAGCUUGGGGGAAGAACUACCUUCACAUGAGAAGCAGAUUAUGACUUUUAUUGAUAUGGGAAGGCUUGUUCCCGCCAGCUACAGAGCUUCUGUAUUAUCAAGUUCUGAAGCAUCUAGCAGCAAAGCAGCACAGUAGCGUCUAUUUUGAACUAAUUAUAAGAUGAAAUAAUAAGGGCAAGUGGAAUGAAUCUACAAUAAACUGGCAUGUUUGAUGUCAUACUCUCUUGAUCCAAUAAGAUUUAUGAUAAAUUCGUGGAUUCAAUUUUGCCUACGGGUAGUUA